UCGCUUGUAAAAGAGGGGGACCUAUAUUCCUGACGGACUGCGAUGGCAGCGUAAACAAGUAAAUCUGCUGUGUUUACUAUACGCAUAAACAUAACAUUUUCUGUUAGAAUGCUUGUAUUCGGAUGUUUUUGUCGCUGAGGUAACGCCGGGACACAUUCUGAGUUCACCGCCACUUCCGGUCGGUUUUAAUCCAGCCGGAGUUCAGCUAUGUGGGGCGAGAUCGACCCUCCCGUUAAAGCCCGGCUCAGUCUGUGCGAGAGGGCGGACAGAGAGGCGCUGCCAGAGGAAGCUGCGGCUCCUUUACAGAGAUGCGACCCCUACAGACCCAGACACACAACAGAGAGCGGGCGGGGCCCCCAGCAGGACCCCUCGACGGAGCCCAGCUGCGUGGGGGCCAUGGUGGAGUCUGUAGCCAUGAGCGGGAGCCCCGUGAAGAGCCAGCAGAUCGGAGAGGCUGAGCUGACCUUCGGGGAGCGGAGGGAGGAGCUGCUGCUUCAGUACCGCAGCAGACCGCUGGUCUUCCUGGAGAGGUACCAGGCCCAUCUGAAGCCUGAGCACCUCCCUGCUUUCGCCCACGUCAGCUCGGACCCGAGGGCGCAGCACUACAGCCGGUUGGUGCAGACACGCGCCGCAGGAUGCGCCGACAGGACCAGAGUCAGGAACCAGCGUUACGCUGCCCUCAGAGCGCUGCAGAAGGAGGGAGAGUAUUUCAGUGAGGAACAGAUGCGAAUGAGGGAGCCGCUGCUGUAUGAGCAAUAUAUUGGCCAGUUCCUCACCGAUGAAGAGGUAUUAGAGCGCUCCCAGGAGGCCAUGCUGGAUGGUGCACAGGAGGGACAAGGAGGAGGCUCGUGUGGGCUCGCCAAUCUCCUCCUGAACUCCUAUCAGGAGCGGCUCAUCCAGAGCCGUCUCCAGGAGGAGCAGGAGAGGGAAGACGGUGCCCAAGAGGAGGAUGAAGAUGAUGAUGAGGAGGACGGAGUCCAGCAGGAGGGAUGGGAGCCCACCGCCGAUGAGAAGGCUCUGCUGAGGGAGGAGUUUAUCAGUCAGAUGCAUCAGCGUUUCCUAGAUGGCAAAGACAAGGAUUUCAACUACAGUGAAGUGGACGAUAACCCCGACUAUGACAAUCUGGACAUCGUCACCAGAGAUGCUGAGGAGAAAUACUUUGAUGAAGAUGACAAUGAUGAUGAUGAAGAGGAGGAGGAGGAGAUGGAAAAAGAUGACAAUGAUGAUGACGAUGAGAACAUGGCUGAGGAAGGAGUUGAUCAUUAGGAACAGCUCCCUGCUGCUCUGAUCGUCUGUAAAUAAGAAUGGACAGAUAUAAACUGCUGAGUGUGCUUUUUGGAUCUUUACAUGUGACCGUAUCAACAGCCUGCAAUAAAACCUGUUUGUCUCUGGCUA